AUGGAUCCUGCCGCAGAGAAGUCGACCAAUGCUCAAGAGGUCGAGGCCGUCGACCACGAGACUGGAGUACGCAAAGGGCAUGUGACUACCCUCGCGGCCGACGACUUGGACGUUGGAGCCAGUAUCGUGCAGGCUCAAGAAGAUACCCACUAUACCGAGGAAGAAAAAUCCGCUGUCUUGAGAAAGAUCGAUUGGCGCAUCAUCCCGCUGGCAGCUUGGGCUUGUGGUCUUCAAUUUGUCGAUAAGGUUGGGCUCCUCCUCGACAUCUCAAAAUCUAAACCUGAAGGGCCAAGAGUAUUCAUGGUGUGUUUCGGUGAGCAGCAUAGCCAAUACUUCGUCAAUAUCCAGGAUUCCCAUUCUAAACACCGCGAUGGCCAGAUCUUCUACUUUGGCUACCUGGCUGGCUCCUUCGUCUCCGGACGCGGUCUCCAGUACUUCCAUGCGGGAAAAUUCAUCGGCUGUGCAUAUUUCAUCUGGGGUGGCACCCUGUUGGGAUGUGUUGGGGCGCAGAACUAUGCCACGCUGCUGGGCCUCCGCUUUCUCCUAGGGGUUUUUGAAUCGUCCUUGGUUCCUGGCCUCCUCCUCAUCACAACGAUGUGGUAUCGGCAACAGGAACAGUCCCUACGAUUUGGCUUGUGGACAGUGACCAACGGCAUUCUUCCAGUUCCUUUUCUCAUCAUCUACUGGGGUCUGGGACAUGUUGAGUCGGGCCCUUUGACGAGCUGGCGACUAAUCUUUCUGCUCUUGGGCUUGCUGAGUUGUAUCACUGGCGUUCUACUGUACUUCUUCAUGCCGGACUCGCCUGUGUCGGUCAAGUGGUUGACCGAGAGAGAAAAGGCCAUCGCUAUCAAGCGCCUAGUUGAUGAUCAACUGGGUGUUAAGAACACUCAUUUCAAAUGGGAGCAAUUGAAGGAGACUGUGCUCGACUACCGCUUCUGGAUGAUGGUGCUGCAAAUGUUCUUUUCGCAGGCGGCGGGAAAUGUCACCACAAACUUUCUUGGAAUCAUCAUUAAGGGAUUUGGCUACACUGCGUUGAAAGCACAGCUGUAUACGGCGCCGAACUUUGCGGUCCAGGCUGUAACCCAAAUGAUAGUCUCCGCUCCUCCGACGCUGUUGCCACGAUUUCGCAAUUUUAAGCAACCUUUGGUGGCCAUCGCCAGCGUCAUCGCUUUGAUUGGCAUUGUUAUCCUCUAUGUCACCCCUGCUGAGACACAAUACCAAGGACGACGACUGGCCUCGGUAAUCAUCAUUUCCUGCUCCGGAGCAAACUACACCGUCAUCAUGGCUGUUAUUGGCACGAACACCGCCGGGUUCACCAGGAAACAGAUCUCUACCUCGACAGCCUUCUUCCUCUACUGUGUGGUCAACAUUAUAACGCCCCAGACCUUCCUGGGUUCGGAGAGCCCUCGAUAUCACACGGGUCUUGCGUUCGUUCUAAGCUUCCUUUCAAUCUACAUUAUCUUGUCCUUCUCCACAUGGCUCAUGAUGAGACUGGCCAACCGUGCCCGUGACAAGAAGGCUCUGACGAACCCGGCAUAUACUACUGGUGAAGCGAACCUGGACGAGAUGUCCGGUCUAAGAGAUGAGACCGAUUUGAAGAACAAGCACUUCCGUUACUCUGGCUGA